AUGUCGAUGUCAAAGAGUUCAAAGAUGCUUCAAUACAUCAACUACCGUAUGAGGGUAACAAUCCAAGACGGCCGUCAACUCGUCGGAAAGUUCAUGGCCUUCGAUCGCCACAUGAAUCUUGUUCUCGGUGACUGUGAAGAGUUUCGUAAACUUCCGCCGGUGAAGGGUAAGAAAACGGCUGAUGGAGACCGUGAAGACCGCCGUACACUUGGCCUUGUUCUACUUCGUGGUGAAGAGGUUGUUUCCAUGACGGUUGAAGGUCCUCCUCCUCCUGAAGAGAGUCGGUCGAAGGGUGUUAAUGCUGCGGCGAUGGCUGGUCCGGGAAUUGGAAGGGCUGCUGGGAGAGGUGUUCCUCCGGCUCCUGUUAUUCAAGCUCAGCCUGGGCUUUCUGGUCCUGUUCGUGGUGUUGGUGGACCUGCUCCUGGAAUGAUGCAGCCGCAGAUCUCGCGGCCUCCUCAGAUGUCUGCGCCGCCUGUUUCGUAUCCUGGUGGUGCGCCGGUUAUGCGUCCUCCUGGUCAGAUGCCGUAUCCUGGACAAGGUCCACCGCAGAUGGCGAGAGGUCCUCCGCCACCUAUGCCGCCUGGACAAUUUCCUCAGAGACCUGGUGGUCCUCCACCGCAGUUUUCCAUGCCGCCUCCUCAGUAUGGGCAGAGACCCAUGGGCCCACCUCCUCCUGGUCAGAUGGUGAGAGGACCUCCUCCUCCACCUCGUCCUGGAAUGCAAGCGCCUCCACGCCCUGGCAUGCCUCCUCCUCCUGGAAGCGGUGUUCCGGUAUAUGGUCCACCUCGGCCGGGCAUGCCCCCUCCACCAAACGCUCCAAACCAACAACAGCAAAAUUGA